CAUUCUUUAUUGAACACAUUUUCAUACACAAGACGUAUAGACGUUUCGGAAACGCAACAGAGUGUGACGAAAGUGAACUACGACUGACGCCGUGUGGUCGAGCGCUUUAUGGAGACAAAAACGCCCGUUUUGUUGAAUAUAGUUCCUCCUUGUGGGCACGUUAUCGCCAGUGAGAAAUGGAGAGGCACGCCGCUCAUACAAAGUUUAAGGGGUGCAGGCGUUAAAAUCGCUUUUGAUGAGGGGCUGGACGUGGUGGACUUCAAUUUGCCCAACAAACGCUGCAUCCUAUACGUGUCCGAAUGUGAUAUCGUAGGAGGAAACAGCUAUAAAAGGAAACUCGUCCGCUACAGAAAUGCCAACAGCAGUUUCCAGGAGAUGGUGCUUGUGGAGAGAACCAGGCUCAGUGAGCAGUACUUUGCAGCCAUGCAGACGUUUGUGGUAUUUGAUCUCGGGUUGACCCUGCUGCCUGUGGCCGGCCAAACUGAGGCCUCUCAUCUCAUCACACAAACUGUGCAUGGGGACAGCAGACAGAACCCGUUCAGGAAGAGGAGUGUCUGUCGGCUGUAUGACCCGCUGGUCCUGGCCAUGGUGCAGCAGAUUCCUGGAGUGGGGAAGGUCAAAGCCACAGCUCUGCUUCAACACUUCUCCAGCAUCCACCAGCUGUGCAAUGCUGGUACCCAGGAGCUGGAACCCAUUGUAGGUGUUGCCACAGCCCAACAUAUCCACCGUUUCUUCCACAGCCCCAUGAGCUGAGACUGUCUGGGUAUUCUGCUAACCAGAGAGGCUGGACUCUCGCAAAGAACAAGGAAAGCGAAUGUAGUAUAUGCAUUUAAGAGAAUUUGAGCAAAAAGGAUUAAAUGUGUACAGAAUGUUUUUAUGUAUGCAUGUUGAAUUAAUACUGCAAUAUGCAGAAACUCAGUUGUUUAAAACAGGUGUAAAUAUUGCAAGUUCAGCACAUUUUUGUUAAUAUUUUGUAAUAAAAAAUGUACCUUUGGCAAAUUGA